AAAUCAUAGAUAAUACCAUGAAAUUUAAAUCAUAGAUUAUAUAUGAUUUAAAUUCUAUCAACCAAAGAAACUGAGGGGAUUUAAAAUUUUCAUAAAUUUAAAGUUUUAGAGAACUUAGCCGUUUUCCACUAUGGCUGCUGUUAUUCCACCAGUAACUAAAUUAUCCACAUCUAUUAUUAGGAUUCUCGGUUGUAAUCCAGGUCCAAUGACUCUUCAAGGCACAAACACGUAUCUCAUUGGUUCCGGUAAAAAUCGAAUCUUAGUUGACACUGGAGACAACAAUAUACCCGAGUACCAGAAACAUUUAUCAGAUGUUGUGAACUCUGAAAAAGCUAACAUAGAACAUAUUGUUCUCACUCACUGGCACCAUGACCAUGUUGGUGGUGUCGAGAACAUAUACAAAACUAUAGCAAAAAAUCCCAUAAUAUGGAAGCACAAGAAGAGUUCAGAAGAUUCUGCUGAUAAUGAACUACCAGCAUCUAUUCCAAUAGAAUGGCUUAGAGACGGACAAGAAAUUAAAGUAGAAGGAGCUACAGUCAAAGUGCAUCAUACUCCAGGACACACAACUGACCACAUAGUGUUGACAUGUCUGGAAGAAAACAUUUUAUUCAGUGGCGAUUGCAUAUUAGGAGAGGGGACAGCUGUGUUUGAAGACUUAUACACCUAUAUGAAAAGUCUGCAAAAAAUAUUGGACUUAAAACCAAACAUUAUUUACCCUGGUCAUGGGAAUAUAGUAAAGGAACCCGUUGAAAAAAUUGAAUAUUAUAUAGCUCACAGAAAUCAAAGAGAAGAACAAAUAUUAGAAGCUUUGAAAACAAAUUCUGAUAAAAAUCUAAAUGAAAUGGAUUUAGUGAAAAUAAUAUACACCGAGACACCAGAACACUUGUGGCCAGCAGCUGCAUAUAAUGUAAAUCACCACUUGACCAAAUUAGUUAAAGAAUGCAAAGUUAAGUGUGUUAAUAACGAUGGUGAAAAUAGAUGGCAGUACAUUUCAAAGACGUCUAGUAAUUUAUAAAGUUUACUGAAUUUAUUGAAUGCAGGGCCGGCUGUAGUUAGUAGAAAUAAUAAAAUUAUAAAGCUAUUUUAUUUUAUUUUUUAUUUAUACUAUUUUAUAAUAAAUGAAAAUUAUAUUUAUAA